AUGGGCCUGUCAUCAGCCCUCCAAAAUCCCCGCGCCGUGCCGCGGCAAACGUACUGUGUCAACAUAUACGGCAGAGAGGGCCGUCGGGUAGGUGAAGAGCUCCAUGAGUACCGCGCCUCGCGGAGCCGGCGGGAGCAUGUUGGCAUGUCCGGCACCUACGAGAUGUGCUGA